CUGAUACAAAGAAAAAAGUGGACUUAUUGUUAGUUCUAUGUAGUUUUGCUAUCAGUUUACUGGUCCGACCCCCUUGAGAUCAGAUUAAGCUGUAUGCGGCCCCCAGACCAAAAUGAGUUUGUCACCCCUGUAUUAGAAAUGCAGUAUGAUGUACAGCAAAUGACCGUAUGUAUUUUUUGACUUGUAUGCUUGACUUGUAUGGCUUUUAAUUUAUUUAUUUAUUUAUUUAUUUACACUUAAAAAUAUUGACUGAAAUUUCCCCUGAAGAGAAUUUGGCACUUGGUUUCACCACCAACAACAACAAUAGAACAAGUGUCUAAGGUCAGGCAGGGAAAUACAUUUACAAGGUUAUAUAUCUAAAAUUUUAAGUGAUUGAUUCACACCCUUUGUUUUUCAGGGUACUGAUAAAUGUUCAUAGGAGAUUUGUUCCAAAAUGGAAAAAAGAAAAAAACAUUUCUUCACGAAAAGCUUCACAGUGUUAAUUAAAACUUUAUUUUUGUGGUAAUAAUAUCAGUACAUCCAAAAUUGCUAUAUUUCCUACAUCCUAUUUCCUUCUGAUGACAUGUUAAGAAUCAGUAGAUCGGUCCUUCUUCACCUAAGAUAGACUAAAAAUACUAUCCAGCUAAAGGGUUACCUUUUACUUUGUUGAUGAAUAUUAGUUCAUGUAAUUAGAAUAUUAGAAAUAUUCAUGUUCAUAAACAUGAUCAGCUUUCAUUUUCACUAUGAAUAUCUCCUGUGUUGGUUACAUUUUUUAACUCCACGUCUCAGUAAAAGCUGUUAAUUUUGUAGGCUAACACACAUUCUUUUUCUUUUUAAAUAAUUUUUCAUUUGUUUAAAAUUGUUGUCUUAUUGUCUUUAAUUUCAGUGAAUAUCAUUCUGACUGGCUGUAUGGUACUGUUUCCUUUUGGGGUGAUUUUAUGUCUAAAACUUCUAGCAAUGACUUACUUCAUAAAAAUUGCCAAGUAAACAAAAAUGAUUUGUUGCAUUCAAGGAGCACUCUUUUUCUAUCCUACACAUACAGCAUGGUUUAGCUUUUUCAUUUACAACAAAUAAACUACACAAGACUGGAGCAUACAUCUAUUUUUAUCAUGUAGGAGAAAAAAUACAGAAGUCGAUGAAAAAGUGGGCUGUACUGUACAUGUGCUGUUCUAACAUUUACUGUGUCAGAGGUUGCAGGGCAUCUGGCAGUCUUUAAAACCACAAGUCUUGCUUGUUUGUCAGUCUCUUUGGCUGAUUGUUGAAUGAUGGAGCUGCAGCAGAAGCAUUGUGUGUCACUAAAUGUGUAUGAUAUUCAAGAACAAAGAAAGACUGAGGACAUCUAUCAGACUCUACAGACCCCACCAACUCUACAGACCCCACCAACAGUAAUCACAAGAAAAGCUUCAGGGAAAAAGAUAACUGUUCCACUCCUCAUCAUAAACAUCCUCUUACUGACCACCAUCCUUUUGGUUGUGGGGAUACACUAUCACCACUUUAGACAAACAGAGGAAGAAAAAGUGUUAAAUGCCCAGAAGAUAAACCAAGAGAUGUGGUAUCUCCAUGAUGGCACGUUUUAUUUGUUCUGGAUGAACCACAGUGACUGCAAUACUGCUUAUGAGUUUUGUCAGGAGAGGAGCGCCAAGCUUGCCACAGUAACAGCAGACAACAGGGAAUGGCUGCAAUCACAAAUCAAUGGAAAGCACCUGCUAGUGCAAAGAAAUGACUUGGAUUACGAUUAUACAGAUUUCGAGCCUAACUGUACAACGUUUGGUGAGUCGUCUGAUCUCAGUGAGCAGGCAGAGGGAUGGGUGUGUGCUUCUGUCCAAAGGUUUUUUACUGUCAGGAGAGGUUUUCCAAUCGUUGCAGACUCCUUUGAAUUCUGGGAUUUUAGCACCGAUGAGAUGAUGCCAAUAAUUUAUGAAGAUGAUUCCGAGCAAAACUGAACUGCUGGUUAUCCCAGGGUUAUCAGGGUUGUGUAUAGGUGUUGAAGAUCCGAAUUAUGGCAGCCCCAACACUGACAAUCUGCUACAGUUGGGACCCUGAACAAAACUCUUGACCUUCUCAGUUCCGUGCGUGUGGCAUCUACCUCAGCUUCCUAAAAAACUACAGAACAAGCAACUUAUUGUGUUAGUGUUUGUGUGAUAAAUGUUUAGUUAACUUUGUAGACAGUUAUAAUUUACUCCCUCUACUCCGACUCCCUCUAAAACAUCUCUGUUUGUUUUAACUUUGCUUUAUUUGCUGCAUUGUGCAUUUUUUGUAUUAUUAAAUUUAAGAUUGGAAAAAGUGACGUUGAUGAUGAUGAUGAUGAUGACGAUGAUGAUGAUGGAACAACUGUUUAUAGCCACUAUGAAUAGAUUUUUUUAAAA